AACAAUCAACCGAGUAUGUACAUGUUUAUGACAAUGACAAUCAGAUAACGACAACCAAUAUUCUUUCGGAAAUAACAAACAUUCCAAGUCUGUCGAGCUGUAGCGCUAUGUGCAGGAAGAGGGCUGAUUCUGUCUCGUUCUUCUACAAUUCUGCCAUUAAGAAAUGUGUGUGUACCGGACAGGUACAACAGAGUGACCUUUUACCCUUCGUAGGAUACGUCCACUUUUCUUCGUCAGAUAUUUCUCCUUGGAGAGUGUUCGGUAAAAAGCAAUAUUUGCAAAUUAAAGAUAAAAUCAAAUGGAUUGACGCACAGCUUGAAUGCAAAAAGCUCGGCGCAAAACUAGCAGAAAUAGAAACUACGCAGGAAAACGCAUUUCUGAAAAAUUACGCAAAGGAGAAUAAUUAUGGCAAUGCAUUUAUUGGAGGAACAGAUGCCUUCUCUCACAACACUUGGAGAUGGUCAACAACAUUUGAACCAAUUACAUUCAGUGACUGGGCACCCGGUAAGCCGGAUGCAAGCACGAGAGACGAAUGUCUCGCACUGAAUACUAUAUAUGACAUGUCUUGGGAUGACUUCGAGUGCGAUGCAAGUUUCUCAUUCAUAUGUGAGCGAAAAAUGGUAUAAAGGGAACUACGU